UGGCCGCUAUGGCUGCUGUCACUUGUAGGUUGUCCAUCAGCUGUGAAUCCUGAAGCAUUCUGCCGUUGGAAGUAGCACUGGUCUCAAUUAGAAUCAUACGGCAUAUGACCGCGAAUGGAGGAUGAGAAAGGGAAAGUAGAAGGUUCGGCUAAAGAACUUGAAGCUGCAUCUUUGAAAAAUGACAAGAUCGCUGACCUGAACAAUCAUAUAACCGAGUUAAAACGCGAGCUGGAGGUAGUGAAGAAGAAACUUCGCAAGUCUGAAUUUGAACGCGAAAGCGCACAAAGGAGUGUGGAAAAUCUCAAAACUGAAGUGAGAGAUUUAGGCAAAAAGUUGCAAGAAGAGAGAAAGAAGACUUUUGAGGGAAGAAAUAAAAGCAACGAUCCGGCACAGGCGAAAAGAACGACACAAGAGGCUUCAAUUGACUGUAACAAGAAGAAAAGCUGGCAAUCAGAAGAUCAUGGAAGCAAGGACCUCAAAGAAUCACUAGAGCAAGCAGCUGCUGAUGCCAUGACCCUCAGUGGAUUUGUGUAUGACAAUCGGACAGGAUUAUAUUAUGACUGGAAUACAGGUUACUAUUAUGACCCAAAUAGCCGUCUGUACUAUGAAAACACUACAGGAAUCUAUUACUAUUAUGAUGAACAAAGUGCCACUUACAAGUUUCACUCCAGAGUCGAUUUAUCCAGUAAUCUAGAAGAAGCAGCAACAAAAGAAAUAAAUAAUGAUAAGGAUGAAAAGGAGAGUGGGGAAGAAAGCAGUGAUGAUGAGGAAGAAAAUGACAAAGAUUCAGAGACAGUAACUGAGGUGCAGUUUCCUUGCAUCAGAGCCAUUGUGAUCAAGUCUUUGAAAAUGAAAGUUGGGAGACUCUUUAUUGUGACUUGUACUGGAGGAACUAUUGGCAGAGAAAAAGACAUGUCACAUGUUAUAAGACUCCCUGAUGUUGAAGUCAGCAAGCUGCAGUGUAAGAUUGAGUUUGACAAAGAAAGGAGACAGUACUUCAUCUGUGAUGUUGGAAGUAGAAAUGGAACAUUGCUGAAUGGAUCACGACUUUCCGAGUUACCAUUACGAAAGUGGUCCCAGGAGAUGGAUCGUCAAAUUCAUUGUCAGUUCAAGAACAGAGGAAAUCAGAACUGAAGAGAAUCAAGAGGGCUUACGCGUUGGAGGAUUCAACUUAAUGUGAACAACCUACCGAUGGAACUCUUGCAGGAAAAUACAAAAAUCGCGCAGAAGUCAGACGCACUAAAGUGGGAAGUGACGUUCCUGUUGCGACUUCUGACGAUCUCCCAGCAUCUGUUCACCGACCAAUCAAAGAAGAAAAUGUUGGACGUAAAAUGUUGGAAAAGAUGGGCUGGAAAGAAGGAGAGGGCCUAGGACGAGAGGGAGAAGGUCGCCUUGAACCUGUAACAGUCGAAGUCCGUGAUAGUCUACGAGGUCUUGGUUCGGGUGUUAAAAGGAGCAUUGAUGAUGUCGAUAGCAAAAGUUACAUCCGGGCU